UUUUACAAGGCUUGCCAGGCUGAAGAAAUUGCUACCUUUACAUGGAUAAAGAAGAGCAAGAGGAAGAAGAUGCUGCUCUACUUUCUCGGGUUGACAGCCAAGUUCUCCGUCAGCAAUCUCAAUGGCUUCAAACUAUUCUUUCCGAUUUGGAUACGAAGAACAAUGCGAUACUUAGCAUUAUCGUGCAAGACGACGGAGAUACGUUCGCCAAGAGGGCUGAGAUGUAUUAUAAGAAGAGACCCGAACUCAUCGAAAUGGUUGAAGAGUUGCAGAAAUCGUACCGCUUGUUAGCUGAGAAAUAUGACCAGUUGAGAUCCCAAGGAAUGCAAAAUCAUGUUCAUGGUGAGGAGGAUCGUAACAGAGUUCGAUAUUCUAAUUUCGAUACUAAAUCCACUGCUGGAGACCAUGAUCACGAGAUCGAAUUCGAUAAAGAUCCCUCAAAUGGGAAAGCUGAAUAUGGCAUGUUCACUGCAGCUGAGUCUACCAAGAGCUCAAAGGUGAAUCCAGCAGAUGAGCAAAUGAGUAAUGCUACCACCUGCAAUGCGUUCCAGCGCAAUAUAAGUGAUGAUUCUCUACUAAUGGAGAAUAAGUUGUGGAAUGAACUAAGGUUCAAGGUCUCGGAACUGGUAGAGGAUAAUUUAAGCCAGCAGGCUGAGUUAAGCCAUGAAGUUCCCAAGAAAACUCGUUUUCGAUUAUCAUGGUUGAAGAGAUUCUUCUGUGGAAGGAGUAUGAAAUCAGAUGAUAGUUAGCUACCUAACUAGGCAAUUGUUUUCUCCUGGACUUAAACUUAAAACCAUUUUCGCGUUUGAUCUGUUACAGUUUAUGAUUGCUAAUUUAUACUUCUAUGA